AUGUGGGACCUGAUUUGGCACAAUACGCGGAUGACCAGCGGUUAUCAGUUCUUCUCCAUGAAGCAGCCUUUCUUCCCCAUCGGCAAGAAUGUGGUGAAGGUCUUGGACGCCUUGGGCGACCACGGCUGGGUGCCCACGGCCUCGCCCAACUACGGCGGGCCGCUCGACGACAAGGCCUCCGUCGAUUGGCCGAUGAUCGUGUUCAAGAAGGACACGGCAGAGCUCUAUGAGAAGCAGACGUUGCUGAUGGCGGUGAAGGAUCAGAACAUCCCAGGAAAGCUGAUGGCCUGUGGCCCCGCGGAGGUGAUCUCGCAGCUCAAGGGCAGCUUUGCCGCGCGGCUCAAGCAGGUCUCCCCCGCGGCACAGGAAGCCUUCGACGAGUACGACACCCAGCAAGAGUGGGAUGUGGUUUGGAGAGAGACUUCGAUCACCAGCGGGAUGCAAGCCUUCAGCUUGGCGAAGCCAUAUUUCCCCAAAGGCCAGGUGGUUUUGCCCCUUCUGGAGGAGGUCUACAAGUUGGGUUGGCAUUUAGUUUGUGGCCCCAACUUUGGUGGAAUCAAAGUGGAUUGGCCAUGUUUGGUCUUCAAAAAACUGAAGCAGCCAAGCACUUCGGGUGCGUUGGCUUUUGGAGCAGUGAAGGAUCAAAAUAUUCCUGGAAAGUUCUGCAUCACAACCACGCCAUCGGAACUGACAGCUGUGACGCAGACCAUCCACGAAGCGCUGCGCAAAGUCUCCGGCAACGAGGGGAUCACCAUUGAGAAAGACGAGUACGACGCGGACCAUGGCCAAGUCAUCCGCAAAACGUCCAUCACCACGGGGGCCAUGGCCUUUGGGACGUCCUACUUCCCGCGAAAGGAGAGCAUUUUGGCCAUCACACGCUCCAUGGGCGCCAAAGGCUGGAAGCUUGAGGCAUGUCCCAUGUUCGGCGGCAUGGGCGCGUCCUGGCCCACCUUCGUGUGGCACCAGACGGGGCAAGUGAUGGAGACGGCCAUUGUGGCCAUCAAAGAUCAGAGCUAUCCUGGGAAGGUGGUGCUGGGUGGCGUCGAGAAGGACGUGGCGAAGAAGCUCAUGGACUGCUUUGCUGUCAUGAGUGGGCCCCAGGUGGAGAACAAGAACGACAGCUAUGACCAGGACUAUGACCUAGCAUUUCGCCAUACGAAGAUGACCUCUGGCAAGGCCAUUUGCAGCCUGCAGAACUCCUGGUGGCCGUAUGGUUACCCCAUGGAGGUGAUCCUCGGCGAGCUCAUGCAACGUGGCUGGGAACCAGCUGGUGGACCUGCCUUCGGUAGCAUGCAAUUGAGUUGGCCCGCCGUGAUCCUUCAGCGCGAGAAGCCCACCGCGUGA